AAAGUGCGGCGGCUGAAAGUAAGAAGCUCAUAGGGGGAAGGCUGGAGGGAUCCGGGCUCCCAGCCGCUCGUGCUAGGGCCUGACAGCUCGUGCUGGGCGACCCUUGUCCCUGGUCCUCGCCUCGGUCGUUGAGUCUGCUCUGCUCCCCUAGGAAGGUCUCGAACCCAGACGCCCAUCCCGGAGCCGCAUGAUCGCCUUGUGUUUGUGGGAAGACUGCCUGGUGCUGCUUCUUGCUCCCAGUCCUUUAAGGGAUCUACGCGGGCAUUCCCUCGCCUUGGUUACCCCGGAGCAUUGCUGCAAGCGGAUGGGACUUCUGUGGUGUAUAGUGAUUCUCUACUUCUAUGGAAUCUUGCAAAUUGAUGCCUCAGAACGCUGUGAUGACUGGGGACUUGACACUAUGAGGCAGAUCCAAGUGUUUGAAGAUGAACCAGCUCGCAUCAAAUGCCCACUCUUUGAACACUUCCUGAAAUAUAACUACAGCACAGCCCAUUCAGCUGGUCUUACUCUGAUCUGGUAUUGGACUAGGCAAGACCGAGACCUUGAAGAACCAAUUAACUUCCGCCUCCCUGAUAACCGUAUUAGUAAAGAGAAAGAUGUGCUCUGGUUCCGACCCACCCUCCUCAAUGACACGGGCAACUAUACCUGCAUGUUAAGGAACACCACAUAUUGCAGCAAAGUUGCAUUUCCUCUGGAAGUUGUUCAAAAAGGUAGCUGUUUCCAGUCUCCCAUGAAACGCCCCAAGUAUAGACUAUAUCUAGAAUAUGGUAUUCAGAAGAUCACUUGUCCAAAUAUAGAUGGAUUUUUUCCUUCCAGUGUUAAACCAAAUAUUACAUGGUAUAUGGGCUGUGGCGUAAUAAAGGGCUUUGCUAAUGUUAUCCCUGAAGGCAUGGAAUUGAGUUUUCUCUUAGCAUUGGUUACAAAUGAUGGAAAUUACACAUGUGUAGUAACAUAUCCAGAAAAUGGACGCAUCUUCCAUCUCACCAGGUCUCUGACUGUAAAGGUGGUAGGCUCUCCAAAUGAUGCCUUGCCCCCACAGAUAUAUUCACCUAAUGAUCGUGUGGUGUAUGAAAAAGAACCUGGAGAGGAGCUAUUAAUCCCCUGUACUGUCUACUUCACUUUCCUGGAAAACUCUCGCAAUGAACUUUGGUGGACCAUUGAUGGAAAAAAACCAGAGGACACUACUAUUGAAGUUACUGUUAAUGAAAGUGUAAGAUAUAGUAAAACGGAAGAUGAAACCAGAACUCAGUUUUUAAUCAUCAAGAAAGUUACCACUGAGGAUCUCAAGAGCAACUAUGUCUGUCAUGCUAGAAACGCCAGAGGAGAAGUUAACAGAGUAGCCCAAGUGAAACAGAAAGUUAUACCGCCAAGAUACACUGUGGAACUAGCUUGUGGAUUUGGAGCCACCAUCCUGCUAGUAGUAAUUCUCAUUGUUGUUUACCAUGUCUAUUGGCUAGAAAUGGUCCUGUUUUAUAGGGCUCAUUUUGGAACGGAUGAAACCAUUUUAGAUGGAAAGGAAUAUGAUAUUUAUGUAUCCUAUGCAAGAAAUGCUGAAGAAGAAGAAUUUGUGCUACUUACCCUCCGUGGAGUUUUGGAGAAUGAAUUUGGAUACAAGCUGUGCAUCUUUGACCGAGACAGUCUGCCUGGGGGAAUUGUCACAGAUGAGACCUUGAGCUUCAUUCAGAAAAGCAGACGCCUCCUGGUUGUCCUAAGCCCCAACUACGUACUCCAGGGAACCCAAGCCCUCCUGGAGCUCAAGGCUGGCCUAGAAAACAUGGCCUCUCGGGGCAACAUCAACGUCAUUUUAGUACAGUACAAAGCUGUGAAGGAGACGAAGGUGAAAGAGCUGAAGAGGGCUAAGACGGUGCUUACGGUCAUUAAAUGGAAAGGGGAGAAAUCCAAGUAUCCACAGGGCAGGUUCUGGAAGCAGCUGCAGGUGGCUAUGCCAGUGAAGAAAAUUUCCAGGUGGUCUAGAAGUGGCGAGCAGGGUCUCUCCUAUUCAUCCUUGAAAAAUGUAUGAAAGGGUCAAUGAAAGAUACACAAGAGCCUAGAGUACUUCAGGAAGGGUCUCCCCUUCUUUAUUCACAAAUUAUUCCUUCAAAACCAGAAAAUAAUUCUAUUGAAACUUCCUCAUAGGGAUAAAUUCAGGGUGACUGAGUGUCCAGUUUGCUCCCUUAAGCAAGACUAAGGUUUAGGAUGGUAGUGCCACUAGUCUGUCAACAGUUUCUAGUGUCACUGUGUUCUUUGCACAGGCCUUACUGAUGUGACCUUUUUUUAAAUUUCUACAUCCCAAUCUUUUUCCUAUGCAUCUCUAUUCUUUCUUUAUUCUCCUUGUCUGAUCAUACAUGUUGUGGAGUUUGCUAUGAACUUAGAAUCUCUUAAAGAAAAGUCACCUGCUACCAGAGUCACUGUAAGCUUAUAAUUACAGUUUUCUCUUAUUGUUAUUCUUUCCUUAACAAUGUGAUCAGAUCCUACAUUUAUUUUCACUGAAGAUGAUUAGCUCUUAUGCAGCUACAUAAUGCAGGGUGGCAUCAAGACCGAUGCCAAUUUAGGAGCAAAACCUCCUUAUAGUUGAUUGAAAGAGCUUGCCAGCAUUUUCUUCUACUAAACUCUUUUUCCCUUUAUCUCAGGUAAUUCAUGUCAUAGUUUUCAACUUGAGAGAAAUAGAUCUUAGUUGUGCACGACAGGAAGCUCUAUAAUAUUUGUCGGUCAACUCAUAUUUAUCCCAUUCCCCUAUAUACUAUACCUUGUAUAGUGAUUUCAGUUUUUCAUGUGGCUCCACACUCCCUUUGAUCUGAUAGUAACUUCUCUUAAUGGUGCUAAUGGAGAGAAAAAUGAAAGCAAAAUACU